AAUAAUAAUAAUUUUAUUACAGCGCUAAUAUCGUAAGCGUUAAUUAUUGCCAACGAUUCUAAAGUUUCUAAAUAAAGUUUUUUUCUUAUGAAUAUUUUUUCUGUAUAAAAGUGUUGAUUACGCGUUAUAGCGUCAACGGCAAACCAAUAAUAAGAUUUUAAUUUCUAUGUAGCACUACGACCAAAAUAAAAUAUGUUUCCGAAUCUGAGACGAAAUAAUACUCCCCCCCCCCAAAUAUUGAGUAACGAAAAUUUAACUACGUAACAUGCAAUGUAUAGCAAUUAUAUAUUAUAAUAGGUGAAAUGUAAAUAUUUAUUCAUUCAUUGUAUGUUAAAAACUAAAAACUACAUGACAAUCCGCUUGUGUUCAUAACUAUAAUAUAUAUCUAUAUUACUAGCAAAACGAAUGACUUACGAAUUAAGCCGUACCGUAAAUACAGCAUGAUGAUAUAACGCAAAUUAAAUCAACGAUUUUUAACGUUAAAUGUUGGUUUACCUUUUGACUAUAGACUGUUUCUCCAUAUUUAUUAAAGUUCCUAAAUUUCUAACAUCUAUAGCUUAUUUUUCCGUUUGAACUUUAAAUCCUUUUUCAAUACACUUCUUUUGUCUACAUCGAUAGUGACAUAAUAUUGCCAUUUUCCAGCUAUACCUUAAAAAUAAUAACAUAAACAGUUUAUUCAUUGUACCUGCAUAAUAAUAACUAUAGUCAUAUUCUAUAGGCUCGUAAUGUUUGAUUAUUGAAUAAUUCAUAUUUCUGUAUAACAUAUUAUUAUUAUAUAUAAUAUAUAUACAGUAUACACAAAUAAUUGAAACCAAAUAGUCGAGUGAUCGAAUGUGAAAUAGAAUUGCGAGUUCCAUGCUAUGAUGAAAACAAUAUUUGAAAAUGUCGAUAAAUAUUAUUGGAUUCAAAACGGCUCAAAAAGAGUUAAACGUUACCCACUCUAUAAUAUUAUAACGACGAUAGAAUCACAUCAACGGACGAUGCUACGCUGUACACUCGAAAACGAUAUCCGUGUGAAAAAGGAAAACGGAAAACUUAGAGUUUAACCGAUAAAUAUUCUAGCAGCGACUAUACACAUGUAUAUUAUACUUAAAUAUACAACUAAAACGCACCACUCCACCACCGUUUGUAUAUAUCACAUACACACACACAUACACAUUUAUAAACAUAUAUGUAUAUGUGACAAGAUCCCUGUGCACUAUAAUAUACUCGUGCCCUGUCAUUCGGUCGGUUCGGCUUCAGGAAAAUAUUACGUCGUCGACCCUCGUUAAUUCGCGCGCGCGUACAGGACACUCUCUUCGGCUAAAAGUCCGCUGUAGUAGCAUGCACGAGUAGGCGACGCUGUCCAUUAAACAUUCAAAAGACGUCAAGUGCCAGUUUCCGUUCAGACACACGAUAUACAUAAUAUUACACAUUUAUAUAUACACGCCAUCGUAUGUGUGUGUGUAGUAUUAUGCUAGCGUAUUAUAUAUGUAAUAAUAUAUAUAUAUAUAUACAAUAUAUAUACAACACGGUUCGCACCAUGCGUGACGGUUUCACGGGCUGCAAAACAUCUGUCUCCCCGAAAGUUACUUAUGUGGGUCUUAUUCAAAUCGCGGGCUCGCGGAGGGUAAAAGUAAAGGACAGCGCGCGACUUACAAGCGAGAUCGGUGGCCAAAUGAAUAUUACAUAAUAUCAUAUAAUAUAAUAUAAGCCUACCUGACUUACAAUGGCGAUAACGUUAUGCAUAUACGUGCAUUUGAGUGAUUUUAUUCGACACGAUGCGAUGGAUCGAAAUCUCAGAUAGAUCUAGUCUAUAUAGUGUCUAGACUGGAGGCAUUUUUCCCAACUCUGCAGACGUUUCAAAAUAGAAUGCCUACCUAUCUCAUCAUCGUGUGUACGAUCCACCAAAGACAAUUAUUGAACAGUGAAACUUCCAUAUUAUAAAGAACUUUCAUUUUAUGAAAUUUUCUAUUUAACGAAUUUAUCAAUACGUAGCGGAGAAAAAUUUAGAAAAUCUAUGUGGUAAUCCUUAUUGGAAAUCAAGGAAAAACCAAUUGUAUCACAGAAUAAAUAACGAUAUUCAUACCAAAAGUAUAAUACCUAAGUAGGUGAUACAGUAAGAAUAUCAAAGUGAAUUAUUAAUUCAGGCCAGGUUAAUAAAGCUAAUAAUACGAACGCAGAGACCGCAAAAUUAUUACCGCUGUCGUUUGUAAUAAAACGUCUGCACGGUCGGGAAGAUUCUUAAUUUUCCGGGGUCGUUAUAAUAUUAUACACUUCCCUGUUGGUUAUUGUUAUACUGUUCUGGAAAAAAAAAGAAGGGAGAUCGUUAAAACAAUUAUUAGCACUCUCAGACGGACUUUACUCAAUUGAACAGGCGCGAAAUAUAUUGUUAUGAGCUGUACACUCUGAAAACGUUCCGAUCGUUCAUCGCAGCCAAUUUCGAAAGCGCGUAAUACGUCAUCAUACGCCGUAUACACCGCUUCCACUUAAGUCUCGGAAAAAACGGUGUUCUUGCCUGUACACCCACACGCCCAUCUCGCCCCGCCGUAAUGCGCGUACAAAGUUUUUAUGUGCUGGUCCAAGAUUGAAUUCCAUAAAACCGACGAGAGACGCCAUAAAAAAAUAUGACGUUUUAUAUCAUAUGAUAUUAUAAGCGUUUUUUUUUUUUUCAUUUCGCCGGUGCGGUAUGGACCCGGCGCGAAUAUCGCACUCGCGAGGCCCUCUCGCGGGGACGUUUUACGAGCCCAUACGCGUAUAUUUAUUGUAUUAUUUACACCUUGUAUGACUCGUCGUCGUCUUUUUGUUUUUUUAUCGCGAUUUACGCUCUCUCGUCCGAUUCCCUCUCCGCGCGUUAUCCCGCGUACACCCGGUAACCGCUCCCCCGACGGUCGUUCGUCCGCCGCCGGUAAAUUUCAAUACACUCGCGACACACGUCCGAACGUCCGCUCGUCCCACCGUCGCUACGCGAUUAUUUCCGUACGGCGGCGGCUUUUGGCGACUGCAGUCGAUCGACGUCGUCCGACCUGCACGCCGUACCGCAUGUCGUCGUCGCCGUACGUCGUGGCCGAGUCGCCGGAACUGGGACGCCACUGGGUGGCCGCCCGGGACAUCGCGGCCGGCGAGGUGCUGCUCGAGGAACGGCCGCUGGUCGUGGGCCCGAAGGCCGGCUCGCCGCCCGUCUGCCUGGCGUGUUACGCGCCCGCCGCCGAUUACAGGUGUUCGGCGUGCGGGUGGCCGGUGUGCGGGCCGCGGUGCGAGGCCGCGGCCGCGCACCGCGAAGCCGAGUGCCGGCUGAUCGGCGGCCACUACGACGGCCGCCGGUCGGCCGCCUACUGCUUCGUCGCGCCGCUCCGGUGCAUGCUGCUCGCGGGCCGCGGGGCCGCCGAGUUCCGGUCGCUGCAGUCGCACCUGGACGACAGGCUGGACACGCCGCUGUACCGGGCGUACGCCGUCAACGUGGCCGCGUUCGUGCUGGACCGGCUGGGCCUGCGGUCCGCGGGCGGCGACGUCCGGUCCGCCCUGGAGGCGGCCGCCGUGCUGGACACGAACGCGUUCGACGUGCGCCGGCCCGGCGGCCGGAACUUCCGGGCGGUGUACGCGCGCGCGUCCAUGAUGGCCCACUGCUGCACGCCCAACACCAAACACGUGUUCGUCGGCGACGCGGCCGACGGCCGGCCGGCCAUCCGGGUGCUGGCCACGGUGCCCAUCGGCCGCGGCCACGGCGUCACGGCCACGUACACGCAGACGUUGUGGUGCACGCGCGACCGGCGCCGUCACCUGUCGGCCGCCAAGUGCUUCGAGUGCGCGUGCGCGCGGUGCGCCGACCCCGAAGAACUGGGCACGCACUUGGGCUCGGCGGCCUGCGGCGGCCCGUGUUCGGGCCGCGUGGCCGCGGCGGCCGCGGGUUGCGCGACCUGCGGACGUCCGGCCGACGACCCGGAAGCGGAGCAGCGGGCCGUCCGGGCCGUCGGAGCGCUUUCCAAGAGCCGCGACCGCGCCGGAUUCGAACGGUUCUUGGAACGGGUCCGCGACGGGACGAUGCCGCCGCUGCACGACAACCACCACGUCGCGGUGGGAGUCAAGUACGCGCUCGUCCAGCUGUACGGCGACCGGAUUUCGGAUCUAACCGUAAAACAGCUGGAAAAUAAUUCGGCUAUAUGUGAACAACUGUUGCGGCUGGCCGACGUUCUGGAACCGGGAAUUACGCGAUUCCGGGGACUUCUGCUCUACUAUCUGGUUUGCGGUCUCAAACAGCUAAAGCGGAAGAAACACAGACGGAACUACGACGAGAUGAUCAAAAAUUAUGCCAGAGAAGCGGUGGUCAUUCUGAAAACCGAACCCGAUCUGAUGUAUUUGGUCGAACAGUUGCAAUAAUUAUGAGUGCCUUGUAAUGCCUAUACUUCGGUCACUGCCAGAUAUUAACGCCGUAGUAUAAUAACAGUAUUCCAUAUUUUAUAUUAAAAUUGAUAGUAUUGUUUUUAUCACUAUUGUUACAAUAAUAAAUCACUAGUGCAACGCUGCAGAAACUUAAAAUUGCACGUUCAUACUUGUAUUAUAUAAUAAUUACGUGUAUUUCAAUAGAAUCGCGACUUAUUUUAAGAUCAAAAUCAGUUUUAAUAGUAAACAAAUCAUUGGAAUCUACUUAUUAUGUAAUACAAUACAUGGUUAAAAUAUGUAUAAGAAAUAAAAAUAUAAUGUUAGAUAAAGAAAUAUAUAGAACAAAAAUUAAAUUAGUUUUAA